UCCUGUCUUGAACUCCGCCAGAUAGCGGUGGUAGUCGCCCUUCAUCUUCAAGUAGAAGACCUUGGAAUCUCCACUGGCUGCAGAUCCGAUGAGCUUCGAGUCGAGGAGGUUGAGAAUGCCGUCGCAGAUGGAGGAGAGCUCGGCCUCGAUCUUGGAUCUGUAGCCUUUGAUGGCCGAGACGUGAGCGUCGUUGCCGCGGCUCUCCUCCUUCUGCUCAAUGGAGGAGAUUAUCCGCCAGGAGGCGCGGCGGGCGCCGAUGACGUUUCGCUCCUCCACGGACAGCUCGUCGCCGUCGACGGCACCGACGACCUUCUCCAUGAACUCAACCAUCUCCUCGUAGCGCUCGGCCUGCUCGGCCAUCUUGGCCAUGUACACAUUUUCCUCGCGUGGGGACGCCAUUCAGAUUACAGAUUCGCCGGUUUC